AUGUCCGCUCCAACACAGCGCCCCCGGCGCUCGUCUGACCUAGCGCUGCCUCCGCCAUAUGAGGCGACUGAUUCGGCCAACAGCGGUGCAGAUAUCGACACGCACAGCGAACAAGCACCAGGGGCCACCGAGUAUCCGGACGAAAAGGCCAUUCUCAAACAGCGGGAUGCCCAGCAAAAUGCAGCCUCCCGUGACAACGCCUAUUCCAACCCGUACACCAGCCCGGUUGCCAACCAGUCCUCUCAGCGGGGCUUUUUCCGCAGCUCCAUCAGCAACCUGCGGGAGACCUUUUCAGGGCCCUGGACAGCAGCCGAGCGAAACGCCAGCCAGAUGGAGCAGUUUGCCCGGCGCCUCGAAGUUCAGAACCGGAUGGGGCCGUCCGCGGCCGAGGCUGAAAAGCGAGUCCUGCAGCUCCAAAGCGACGCCGCGCAGGCUAGCACCCGCGCCGGGCCCCGCGUGUCGACGGGCAUCUUCAAGGCCUCGUGCUCGACCGACCUGCUGUUUCUCAUUGACGCCACAGGCUCCAUGAUGCCCUACAUCGAGGCCGCCAAGAUCCAAGUCAAGGAAAUUGUCAACGACAUCAACCGGACAUUCUUCAAUGAAGCCGACGUGCGCGUGGCCGUCGUCGCGUACCGCGACCACGGAGAAAAGAAACACUUUCAGUUUCUGGAUUUCACCGCGGACGUCCACAAGGUCUUCAAGUUCCUCGACAAGCUAACGGCCUAUGGUGGCGGCGACACCGCGGAAGACGUCCUGGGUGGCCUCGACCAGGCACUCAAAGCGUCGUGGAAGCACCAGACACGGUGCAUCAUGCACAUUGCCGACGCGCCCGCCCACGGCUCCAACCUGCACGACAUGGGCCGCGAAAAGGACCACUUCCAUAUGGUCGGCAAGGAGCCGCAUGGCCUGCAGUACCAGCUGGUCCUCAAGGAGAUGAUCAAUCGCAAGCUCAACUACGUGUUCUUUCGAAUCAGGUUCAUCACGGACCGCAUGCUCUUUUCGUUCAUGAUGGUCUACGGCCAACACACGACGGCCUGCAAUCUUCAUCGCGAGAACAAACAUGCCCUCGAAUCCCGCCGGUGGUUGAAGAGCCAGACGGCCCGCAACCGGGCGCAGAUGCAGCGGGCGUCGUCGGACAAGGAGUACGCGGAGAAGAAGAUGCAGGACGAGGGCGGCCUCUACUUUGCAGAGGUGCAGCUCGGCAGCAGCUACAGCUCGCUCCGCCACCUGGUCGUCAAUGGCGUCACGGCAUCCUCAUCGCGGACUGCCGUGCGUCUGUCAUCCAGCCUGUCGGCCAGCGGCAGACGCAAUCGGCCGAGCAUCACGAAUUCCAAGCUGGCACACCAGAAGGCACCGCUCAGCGAUCUGGCCGAGGACGACGAGGUGGAUGUUUUCGAAGAUUGCCGCGAGUGGCUGAAUGGGCGCGACGUUCGUGGGGCCCGCGAUGCGACCGAUGCCAGUACGCUGGCCGAGACGAUUGUCGAGGCCGACGAAGAGGACGAAGAGGGGAAGGACCCGGUCGAGCCAAACAAGCCAAACCCCUUUGAAUUUGACACGAGCGAGCCGCAGUGGAACGUACCGGGCUGGCUGGACCAUACCAUGCACGUCAAGGCCUUUUCACCGGAUGUGAUUGACAUUGCGCCGCCAACGACUGCCUCGGCAGGCCAAGCGAGCGAAGCCACUGCUGCUGCUGCCGCGCCUGGAGCUGCUACAUCGAUUCUUGACCGCAUGAUGCUGAGCGACGACAACAUCCGCAUCAGCACAAACGAGCUGGUCAUCCUCCGGCGCACGAAGCCGUUUGCCCAAGGCGCCCUGCGCUUCGCGUCGUAUGCGCGGACGCGAGAAUCCACCAACCCGCUGGUCGUCAAGACGUUCAAGGCCAACGGCAAGCGGCUGGCCGAUCUCGCCGAGGACAUGCGCAUGCAGGCGCUGUGCAAGGCGUUUGCGCUCGAGUUCAACAGCCUGGUGACCAGCGAGGCGCACGCGCUCGACUUUAUUGUGGUGACGUGCCUGCAGCCGAUGACGGCGGACGGCGUCGUGUCCAGGGGCAGCAGCACGGCCCGUGACGAAGAGACACAGGAGUGCCUGUCGCUCGAGCCGAUGCUGGACAACGGCCGCUAUGUCAAGUACAACAACAACUGCGGCGGCGUCAACGACGACAGCGGGUCCGAGAUCAGCAAGGCGGCGCAGGCCUUUUCGCACUUUACCUUUGAGCGGUCGCGGGGUGAGCUGCUCGUGGCGGACCUGCAGGGCGUCGACAACGUGCUGACAGACCCGGCCAUCCACACGCGGGACCCGCACCGGUUCGUGCUGACGGACACGAACCUGGGCGUGGACGGCUUCAAGCUCUUCUUCUCGACGCACACGUGCAACAGCGUGUGCGAGACGCUGGGCCUCCGGUCCAAGUCGGAGAUGUUUAUCAGCAACGCCUUUGACUACCGCACCGACUGGCCAGCGAUUCCCUACCACCACGCCACGGCCGUCCACGGCGCCGCCGCGACCAGCAACAGCAGCAACAGCAGCAACUCCGGCCCCAAUGCCAGCAAGCGCUCCGGCAAGAACAACGAGCCCGACACGCUCGUCUGCUGCUCCAACAAGCUGUGCAGCAAGAUUGUGCGUGUCUCGACGGCCAAGAAGACGCCGCCCAGCUUCUACUGGUGCAACAAGUGCUGGCCGCAGCUGCGCUCGUCGACGGUCAAGCGCGUGUGCGCGACGCCCGGCGCGUUCCACGAGUUUGAGGUGUCCAAGUUCUUCUUUGAGUCGCAGGGCCAGUUGAUGCCGCAGACCUGCGCCGCCCACGGCGGCAUGCCCAGUCUGCCGGUCGCCUUUGAUCCCAAGGCCAAGGCGCUCGCCUUUUUCAAGCGCCGCCGUCCUGGCGCCGCAAACUAA